AUGGCCUCUUCGACGACACGCUCUCGUCCGGGAGGACAGCACCGGUCACUUCCAACUCUGACCCUCUUCAAUCAUCCCGCGGCCAGGCUGAUCAAGACUAUUCCGCCGCUGAAACCUCCAACACGUCUCAACGGGCAUGUGCCAACAGAUUCUUUGGGUGCUGGGCGCAUCUCGAACACAGACGUUGUCCUCACCGAUGUUUAUGGCCCAUUGUCCGUCCUCAUGGUUCCCGACCCGCUUGAUCCGACCAUUGCAACACUCGUCUUAUCUGUCGGAAUCCAAGACGCAAAGCUGCAAGGGGCCGCACGUCGAUUCGUUCUUCCAUUCCGCUCUUUUCAACGGGAUCCUGUCUCUGGACAGCUUAUCUCCCAGUCUCAGAUCAAGGGCUUUGAUGCCGCAGAUCGCACCCUCUACCCGGGUCUGGGCGCUGGCUUGAAAGGCUUGGACGGCGGCAGUUUCUGGUUCUUUGAAAAUGUUGGAGAAGAAGGCGCCUUCGACAGAUACAGAUGGGAGAAGGAUCGUGUUGGUCGACGCGCUAUCUGGACCGUGUGGCUCAUCAGUACCCCCGCUCCCAUCGUUCUUCACGUGCAGAACCUCUUGCAGUCAUACCCUGCUCCUGUCCCGCCACUGCCGCCUUGGCUGGAGGAAGACAGCGGCUAUCCAUGGAGGGACACCUUUGUUGCCCUUCCGUCAGCAUCUGCUCUGACGCCUACCAUUCUCAAAGGGCAACUGCCCACUGAUGCCUUCGUCGCUAUCCAGUCUACCUCCCCUGCGGCUUUUUCAGUUGCAAGACGCCUGCACGCCAUCCCGCAGGUCCCUGUCGAGCCAGAGCAUCUCCGUGGUGAGAGCUGCAUCUCCACGAAAGCAACUUCUGCAGACAUCGACGCCUUGGAUGCUUUUCAGGACACGCUCACUUCGUCACAAGACCAGAGUGCCGACCCAGCACUUAAAACCUAUGUCGAUGAUGGCGCAACUCCAACAACAUCACAACUCACAGUACGCUCAAGACACCUUCGCCAUGCAUCGUCUUCUGUCACCAUCGGAGACGGCCCAGAAGUGAUUAUGCACAACGCUCCUCGUACUACAGCCAUCUCCGAAUAUAGAAACAGUCUUAUUGCUGUUGAUAACCUCACCGGUCAGAUCAUCGGUGUUCUCGCUUCUGACAUCAAUCUACACUCUUCUUCGACCGGCAUCUCACAGCCUGUUGACGUGGCUGCCAUGACCAGCAGUGACCAAGUUGAAGCGAAUGCCGAGGACAAAGAGGAGAUUCAGACUCCUCUCGACGAACACACUCGCAUUCUACAUAGCAAGGGCGCUGAAGACCUUCUCGGCAUGCAGACCGCACCUGCCUCAACACCGGAAGAGCCUGAACUUCCAGAAACCAGUUCAAGCGAUCGGGACAUAACGACUCCUCGGCCCAACACGUUCAUACAUCGCCCUGCCCCCGUUUAUCGAGAUGCCGCCGUUGCGUCUUCUACCGUGGCCGCACCUACUCCUCCCGUCGUGAUGCCAAACAUCCAGACGGAACCACGAUCGAUCCUCGAUGUCAACACCUUUGCACCCCCUCCCUUGCCGCUGAAACAGCUAGCACUCCGAGCUGCUAGCAGACCCACAGAUAUCACUGCGGACACUCCUCCCUCUCGAUGCACUAGCACAGCAUCAGCGGCUUUCUUCAGCGCAGAGUCCGAUACCGAAGCCGUGUCCAGCUACGACUCGGAUGCGCUGGAGAUUGAUGCUCGUAGCAUUACACAUGACAAUCUUCCGACUAGCUUCAUCUCAAUGCGAGGCAAAACAGCCAAGAAUAUCGAAAGACAUCGACCCGAACUGCUCCAAGACCAAGGCAAGGCUCGCCGUAUUGACGACGAUGAUGUCGAGUCUGACGCUAGUGGCAGCACGGUCGGAGGACCUGCUGUCCGAAUGUGGCGUAAAGCUCGAGCCAAAGGGAAGAAGAAGCCGAGCGCCAAGUCUGCUGCUGCGGCUCAAGUCACACAGCCUAGACAGGGCAUCAAGUCCCGACAGGCUAGUGAGAUGUCGGAUCGCACGAGUAAAGCCGAGACUGCUUUCGAGGCUCUCUCCGACAAUGAAGACUCCACAGGAGCUGGAGAUGACGCACCGCCGAUCGCCUCUUCAGCUACUGCGGAAGGCGAAGCUGACAACGUCGCCCCGCUUCUGAUUCGCCCAACAGGACCUGGCCACCACCUCCCCCGCUCAGCUCUACGUACCGAUGAAGUGCGUUCCAUCGAAGACCGCGUCUGGCGUGAAGCCCUGGAUGCCGGUCAGCUUCCCAUCGAUGCUCCAUACACCCAUCUCGCCGCUCGUGGUGAUGCUGGCUUCUACCCCUCCUCGAUUCUGUCGAGUCCGCCAUCGUCUGUCGAUGGAUCUGCCAUCGAGCUUCUCUCAGCCCAAGACAAAGCUCGCGAAGCGCAGAAGAAGAAAAAGAGGCUGCGGCAACAGAACCAGCGCGCAGAGAGGAUCAUGAACAUGCAGGGUGGAACGGUGCUCAUUGAGUUCCUUGCUGGGUCGAGUCGAAUAGGCGCUAGCUUAAUCAGAAGUGCAGGGCUUGAUACCGGAGCUGCGGCCGAUCAAGACAGAGUCAUAGAAUUACAGGCUUCAGCCAAGACGAGCGAAGUAGCUUCGAAUGUUCUUGGCUACGUGCCGCUUCUUCCUCAGCAUUUGCUCUCCUUCUUCGGCCUGUCAUCAACUUCCCCUCAGUCGGCGACAAAUGCUGCAGCGGCCGCAUCGAAGGCAGCUGAUGCCCCUCCUUCGAGUUCGUACCUCUCUGGCCUCCGUCUACCUGCAUUUGGCGGCCUGCUCAGUGAUGCGUCGGACUGGGUCACCAACCUGUUCAGCUUCAACUCUGCUCCGGCCACUUCGCCUACUAACGCCGAUAGCCUUGGAGACCCAUCUAGGGCAGAAGAAUGGGAGUACGCCAUCCCUGAGUUCGACCCCAACAGUCUCAGCUCAACCCCUCGUCCCGUCUAUCGCCGCAAGCGACCAGUUCCUUCCGCUGUGAAUGGCUUCAACAUCUCUGCUCCUCUCUCCGCGGCCAGCAAAGAUGUAAUCGCCGAAAGUGCGAAAGUCGAGCAAGCAGCAGCGCAGCCUUCGACUUCGUCCAACGAACAACGCUAUUCAAUUCUCCAUAUUGACAGUCUUGGCAUUGGUCGCAGAGCCUUCCUCCGUGGCGUUGCCGGAGCUUGA